CAUUUUCGUUGCCGCUUGUCAUCGUGAGGAAUUUGCAAAUAAAAUUGUAAUUGUACAAAAACUAAUAAUUUAUAUUGAAAGACUAUUUCAGGCCAGCCUUAAAAGUUCAAUAUUUAAUUUAAAAUGGCAUUCAUGGGUGAUAUAAUGAAUCCAGCGCCUUUAUGGCAAAAUGGGCCUUCUCCUGGCGCAUUCUACAACUUCCCUGGUAACUCUUCAACUUUUGGACCCGGAAACCAUUCAGCGCAAGAAUUCAGAGCACAUUCUGCCAAUCCAAUUACUACAACCACGACAGUGAUUGGGCUCAAAUUCGACAAAGGAAUAGUUAUUGCGGCUGAUACACUCGGCUCCUAUGGUUCUCUGGCAAGGUUCCGUGACUGCCCUCGCGUCAUGAAAGUGAACGACCUCAUACUUCUAGGUUCUGGUGGUGAUUACGCCGAUUUUCAGUACUUGAAGGAUAUUAUUGAACAGAAAAUUAUCGAUGAGAAGUGUGUGGGAGAUGGUUUACUGCUUAAGCCCCGUUCUCUGUACUGCUGGCUUACCAGGGUGCUUUACAAUAAGAGGAGCAAGAUGGAUCCCUUGUGGAACAAUUAUAUCGUAGCUGGAAUUCAGGAUGGAGAACCUUUCUUAGGUGCAGUAGACAAAUUGGGGACGGCAUACGAAGAUGCAGCCAUAGCGACAGGUCUAGGUGCUUACAUGGCCACUCCUCUACUCAGAGAAGCAGUUGAUAAAGGCAAUCUAGAUGAGGAAACUGCAAAGGCAUUAGUACGCAAAUGCAUGGAGGUGUUAUUCUACCGAGACGCUCGCGCUUUCCAGCGCUACCAACUCGGAGUAGUGACCGCUGAGGGUGUUGUCAUCGAUGAUGUGGCUGAGAUCAAACAUGACUGGACCCUGGCACACAUGAUCCAUAUGAAGUGAACUGAAAUGUUUUAGAAAUAAAGUCGCU